AUGCUUGUGAUUAGGAAGUAUUUUUCAUUGAAUUUCAUCGGGGAUCCCGAGCAGUUUCGUGAAGAAAUGAGGGAAUGUCCGAAAUGUCGUACCAAAGAGUACACAAACCGUUCCAUGGUUAUGAUGAUAAACGAUUGCGGACAUCCAUUGUGCAGAAAUUGUGUCGAAAGUUUAUUUGCACGGAACAGUGGACCAUGUCCGCAGUGUGGAAAAAUUCUAUGGAAGAAGGGAUUUUGGGAGCAAAUUUUCGACGAUCCAGUCAUUGAGAAAGAAAAUAGUAUUAGACGUAGACUGAAGAAGAUAUACAAUUUGAAACGAGAGAAUUUUCCAAGUUUACGUGAGUAUAACGAUUAUUUGGAACGCAUUGAGACCAUGGUAAUGAAUCUGGCACACGAUAUUGACGUUGAAGAAACGGAAGCAGAAAUCAGUCGAUUUAAAAGUGAAAAUGCCGAGUUGCUGGAAAGAAAUAAGAAGAAAUUAGAUGAAGAUCAGCUCUGGAUUCGGCAAAUGUUAGACGAAGAACGUUUAUCAAAGCAACGAACCGUGGAACGUUUCCGUGCUGAGACAGCAACGCAAAAAGCUGCAACUGGAACAAGCGCGAGAGCAAUAAUCAACGAGCUGAAAGAUUCCGAUUUGCCGGCAGAAGUGAUUUUGGAUCGACAACGGAAGAAACUUAUUGAGGCCGAACUGGCUGAGAAGGAAGAAACAGCACGUAUGAAGAAGAAGAAAUUCGAAUCUCAGAAACAAACUGCUUCAUUCGUCUCGUUGAAUAUCACCGGUGCGCCGUUUGUAUAUCAUGCACCUGAAUUGCCCCUAAACGGACCUCCACUACCCGACGCUGAAGUGCUCUCACAAAUGGGUUAUUUACAACAUAUUCGAUCGGUGAGUUCGACGAGGUUAGCAGGCGGAUAUACUGCAGAAACUGGAUGUAUGAGGGCUUUGUUUGAGUCGAGAAUUGAUCUGUUUAAUUUUUGA